AUGUCUCCAACUGUAAUACUAUUCCCACAAGAAUCCAAUCUUCUCUUCCCAACUCUUCUCAUCAUCUUUUUACCUCUCAUUUUCUUUGUCGCCAAACGCUUGAAAGCUUCAUUUUCCAGAUCCCCACCACUUCCACCAGGUCCAUUUCCAUGGCCAAUCUUGGGCAACAUUCCUCAUCUAAAAAAGGAGCCUCUGUACGUAACCCUAGCGGGCUUUGCGAAAACUUACGGCUCUGAUCUCAUCUCAAUUAAACUUGGUUCUCAAAUCCUCAUCGUUGGAUCAUCACCAGCUGCCGCAAUGGAGAUCUUGAAGACCCACGAUCGAAAUUUAUCGGCGCGAUAUGUUCCUCACAUCAUACCGGCUAAGAAUCCUGAAUUGAACAAUUUCUCACUUGGAUGGACUUUUGAGUGCAAUGAUAGUUGGAGAAACAUGCGUGCACUUUGCCGAGCUGAGCUAUUCUCAGUCAAAGCAUUGCAAUCUCAAGCAAGCAUAAGAGAGAAAAAGAUAAUGGAGAUGUUGGAAUUCAUAGGUAAAAUGGAAGGCAAGGCGAUGAAGUUUAGGGACAUAAUUUUUGCUUCCAUAUUUAACAUGAUGAGCAAUAUUAUGGUCUCGAGAGAUUUUCUGAAUCUGGAGUUGGAGUAUGAAAGUGUAAAUGGCCAAGGAAUUUGCGCGUUUUGGAGGGAACUCUUCGGCCUCGGCGGUAUUCCGAAUAUAUCCGAUAUGUAUCCCAUGUUAGGUCCUUUGGAUCUACAAAAGCUGAGAAAGAAGUCCAUGGAAAUGUUUGGCAAGGUUUGUGAACUAUGGGAUGACAUCGUCAAAGAAAGAAAGAAGAUGAGAAAGUCUUAUUAUAAGGAUGCUUCACCAAGGCCUCAAUUAGACUUCCUUGAUGCCAUGUUAGAAAAUGGCUAUCCUGAUUUUCAGAUUAACAUUCUCCUUCUGGAGUUGUUUUCCGCUGGAACAGACAGCAGUAGCACCACAGUAGAGUGGCUAAUGGCAGAACUUGUAAGGAAUCCGAAAUGCAUGAAGAUUCUUCGAGAAGAACUCGAAAGAGAAAUCGGAAGCCAAGAAAUGGUGAUGGAAUGUGAUCUUCCAAAGUUGAAAUACCUCGAAUGCUGCCUUAAAGAGCCCCUGAGGCUACCCCCUCCUGCACCGCUUCCGAUUCCUCACCGAGCUGCCGAGACAUGCCAAGUGAUGAACUACACCGUCCCGAAGAACUCGGAGAUUUUGGUGAAUGUUUGGGCUAUUGGAAGAGACCCCAAUCACUGGGAAGACCCAUUAGAGUUCAAACCAGAGAGAUUUCUUAACUCGAGUUUGGAUUUCAAAGGGACUAAUUUCGAGUACUUGCCAUUCGGAGCAGGAAGGAGAAUCUGCCCUGGCCAACCCUUGGCUUCCAAGCAAGUUCCUCUAAUCGUUGCUUCUCUGGUCCAUUCAUUUGAUUGGUCUCUGCCAAAUGGAAAGGAUCCAAAGGAAUUGGAUAUGGCUGAGAAAUAUGACAUUAACAUGCUGAAGAAAGAACCUCUGCUUGUUGUUCCUAAAGUUAGGAAGUAA